CUCUAAGGAAUUUGUGUUUGUGUCCGAUGCUGUGCGCUCAGACUUGACCAUGUUUGGGCAUAGAGGCUCAACCCACAUAGGACCAAAGGCUGCUUCCCUGGAGCCAGCUGUGAGGCCAAACUUUCUGCGGCAGCUCUGAGGUCUCUUUUGGGGUGGGGGUAGGAGGCUGGGAAGAAAGAAACUAUCAGCCGGCUGAAGAGCCCCAGGGAAGCAGGGAACUGCAGCAGUCCCAUCAUGGCAUUACAGACAGUGGGAUCUGGACAAGCUGGAGGUUCAAGACUACUUUGUGACCAAGAGGCUCCCCCGUUUCCUUCCCCUCUGAGCACCCGGAACUGCAAUGACUGCUGCCCUCAGACAACAUGGUGAAGAAGCUGGUGAUGGCCCAGAAGCGGGGAGAGACACGAGCGCUUUGCCUGGGAGUGGCCAUGGUGCUGUGCGCUGUCAUCACCUACUAUAUCCUGGGCACAACAGUGCUGCCUCUCUACCAGAAAAGCGUGUGGACCCAGGAAUCCACCUGCCAUCUGAUUGAGACCAACAUCAGGGACCAGGAGGAGCUGGAAGGCAAGAAGGUGCCCCAGUACCCAUGCCUGUGGGUCAACGUAUCAGCUGUGGGCAAGUGGGCUGUACUGUACCACACUGAGGACACUCGGGACCAGAACCAGCAGUGCUCCUACAUCCCAGUCAGCCUGGACAAUUACCAGAUGGCCCUGGCUGACGUGGAGAAGGUCAGAGCCAAUUUCCUUGAGCAAAAGGUUUUCUACUGCUUCUCGACAACUCGGGAAAAUGAGACGAGCGUUCUGUACCAGCGCCUCUAUGGGCCCCAAGCCCUCCUAUUCUCCCUCUUCUGGCCCACCUUCCUGCUGACCGGCGGCCUCCUCAUUAUCGCCAUGGUGAAGCUCAACCGCUCCCUCUCCAUCCUGGCGGCCCAGAGGUAGACUGAACUAUAUCAUGCCACAUGUUCAUUGGGUGAGUCCCUGGAGCUGUUCCCCACAUGAAUGCCCACCCUUCCUCCCCUGCCUCCCAUUUCUCCCUCCAAGCCAUCCUGUCCUCUACUGCACGGUUGACCUUUGGGAAAUCUGUUAAGUAAAGUUCCUGUUCAGGAAUGUACAGUGGCUCCCUAGUGCCUCAGAGAAGCCAGCCAGUAGCAGCUCUCGCCUACCUGCCCUCACUCAGUCAGCUCAUACUUGCUUCCUACUGUGUCACUCUCUACCCCACAAAUGACCAGGGCUGUCACCUACCUCUGUGCCUAUGUUUUCCCUAUUUGCUCAAAAGCCUGCCUACCCCAUCCAGGAAGCUCUCCUUAGCAAACCUUAGUGCCUUCUUUUAAUUCCACAAUCAACACAAUAUCAGCUCCCACUUCCAGGGCACACUUAGUGUUCUGCUUUCCUUUUUAGCAUACUAAGUCUUAUCUACAUUUUUCUCCCAAUACUUUAAAAUACUGUUAUUCUUCAUUAUUCACAGGGAACCACUUUCAAGAUCCCCUUCUGAUGUCCAAAUCCACAAAUGCUGUGAUUUAAAUAGUAUCUUAUUAUAGAUAACCUAUGCACAUUCUCACAAAUGCUUUAAAUCACUUCUAGAUGAUGUAUAAGACCUACUACAAUUUAAAUGCUAUGCAAAUAGUUGUAAUACUAGACUGUUUCAGGAAUAAUAAGAAGAAAAAUGUCUGUCCACGCUCAGGACAGAUGCAAUUUUUCCCCCAAAUAUUUUCAAUCUGCUGUUGAUUGUAUCCACUGUUGUGGAACCUGCUGACUGUACACACAAAGUAAUAAACUCAGCAAAUAAACCAAAGCACAUAAAAAUGUUAA